AGCACAGAUGAGUAAACACAGCUGAGCAGAAAUGUGUGGUUCAUUCAGUUGUUUGCCAAAGCGCCCUUACUUCAGUACUUUAUUUACAGAGAAAAAAUAGCCCAUCCUUGGAGUCAUGUGCUGUUCCUGGCUCCCCAACCUCCCGCUUAUCUCGGGGGUUAACCAGCAUUUGGGGGUAUAAAUAGUUUGGCUACUUUGGUAGCCGGCUCUUGGUUCUUUUAUUCGACGGGAGAAGCAGCCAGACGGGAAAAAUCAGCUUUCAAGGCAUCAUGGUUUGGGCAAAUGGUCCAAGUCUCUCUACCAGGUUUCUGAUGUGGUUUCUUCUCCUGUACAUGUUCAUCAGGAAGGUGGUGCCUGAAGACAACAUCAUUACAACCAAGAAAGGAAGGGUCAGAGGGACAAACCUGCAGGUCCUGGGGGGAACUGUGACAGCCUUCCUUGGAAUACCUUAUGGACAGCCACCCAUGGGCAGACUGAGGUUUCAAAAGCCAGAACCUCGGGAGAAGUGGUCGGAUGUUUGGGACGCCACAAAACACGCCAACUCCUGUUACCAGCAUAUAGAUACAACUUACCCGGGGUUUGCUGGAUCAGAGAUGUGGAACCCAAAAACUAACCUGAGUGAAGACUGCUUGUACCUUAAUGUGUGGGUUCCUUCUCCCAAGCCCAAGAAUGCAAGUGUCAUGGUGUGGAUUUACGGAGGUGGCUUCGAGUCUGGGUCCACUGCCCUGCCUGUCUACGAUGGAAAGUUUCUGGCCAGGGUAGAAAGGGUUGUCGUGGUUUCCAUGAACUACAGGGUCGCUGCAUUAGGAUUUUUGGCUUUGCCAGGAAACCAGGAAGCUCCUGGAAAUGCAGGUUUGUUUGAUCAAAGGUUGGCCCUUCAGUGGGUGCAGGAGAACAUAGCAGCCUUUGGAGGCAACCCAAAAAGCGUGACGAUAUUUGGGGAGAGCGCUGGCUCAGCCUCUGUCAACUACCACCUCCUUUCCCCCAAAAGCCAUCCUUUAUUCACCAGAGCCAUCAUGCAGAGUGGAUCUGCCAAUGCCCCUUGGGCUGCAAUCACAGCAUCUGAAGCCAGAAACAGAACAGUGGCUUUAGCUAAACAGCUCCAGUGUCCCACCAGCAACGAGACAGAGCUAAUUCUCUGCCUCCAAGACAAGGACCCGAAGGAAAUACUGGAGAACGAAAUUUUUACUGUUCCAGGCGGCUCUUUUCUGCAAGUAUAUUUUUGUCCAACGGUGGAUGGCAAUUUUCUCUUAGACAUGCCAGAAAAAUUGAUUGAGAAAGGCCUUUUCAAACAAACACAGAUCUUAGUGGGUGUUAACAAAGAUGAAGGGUCAGGAUUUCUAGCAUAUGGAGUCCCUGGCUUCAGCAAGGAUAGCAAUGGCUUGGUCAAUAAAACCCAGUUUGAGACAGCCUUAACUCUGGCCUUCCCAGGGGUGAGCAAACUUGCAAUAGAAUCCAUAAUCUUUCAGUACACGGACUGGGAAAACGAGCACAAGCCAGAGCACUACUGUGAUGCCGCGGACGACGCCGUCGGGGACUACAACAUAAUCUGUCCUGUCAUGGAAUUCAGCACAAAAUUCGCCCAGCUGGGAAACAACGUGUUCUUUUACUUCUUUGAACAUCGAUCCUCCAAGCUGCCUUGGCCUGAGUGGAUGGGAGUGAUGCAUGGCUACGAGAUUGAGUUUGUGUUUGGGUUGCCCCUGGAGAGAAAGGUGAAUUACACCAAAGCUGAGGAAAUCUUGAGCCGCUCCAUGAUGAGAGACUGGGCAACUUUUGCCAAAACUGGGGCUCCUAAUGGGACCCUGAUUAAUGGAAUAAGAUGGCCAGCCUUCACCAGCAAUGAACAGAAAUAUUUGACACUAAACACCAGCACUCCAGAGAUCCUGACAAAACUCCGUGCUCAGCAGUGUCGAUUCUGGAAAUAUUUUUUCCCCAAAGUCCUGGAAAUGACAGGAAAUAUUGAUGAAGCAGAACGAGAGUGGAAAGCAGGAUUCCAUCGCUGGAACAAUUACAUGUCAGACUGGAAAAAUCAAUUUAAUGAUUACACCAGCAAGAAGGAGCUGUGCAAGCUCUAAUUAAUAUGUUUACCCUUUCCAGUGUGUCCAUAGAACUGUUCAUCAGGCAAAUAUCCAGGUAGCUUUGUACCACGUCUGGAAUUAAAUGUGUUCUGCAGAUUAAAAAACAAUGUUACAGAUAUAAUUUUGAUUCCUCAGAUCUUUCAUUUAGAUUUUACCUCCUAUCUCAAUAAACAGUGUAUGGCAUCUGUA